CCCGAACAAAGUAAAACCGGAGAAGGAACUGCUCUGGAAGUUGCAUGAUUGGAAUCUCUUAAUGGUGACUGAAUGUUGAUUUUAUUACCUUAUAUUUACUCCAUUUAUUUCAUCUGCUCAAUAUGAAAGACAUGUUCAUCAAUUGAGUAAAGGUUGAAGGUGGAGAAUGUUUGAAUCUUCUAUGAACGUCAGUAACAACGCAGCUGUCCAUGACGUGGAGUCUCUCAAUAAAAGCCUGAAGGAAGCGUCGGCCGGCCGAGAUCCAUCUCAGUCUCUCAGGAGGAAGUCCCUGGUGAUGAUGAUCAGCGACGCGAGGCGCCAGUCUAGCGGGCCAGUUAGCUUUGUGAGGAAGCUGUUCACCUUAAUCAUCUCUGAUUCCUGCUUUGUAACAUGUGCACUAGUUGGCGCCAUCCUCCCGCUGACCAAGCUGUUGGUGGGUUGCUUUUUCUUAAAAGAAUGCCGUGACGAGCCUGCCGUACCCAUCUACCUAAUCGUGGGCGGAUUCUUGGGUUCUCUGAGGGACCUGUGGUUUGUGUCAAUGAAGUGGAUGUACAGCGACUACGACUAUGAGAUCAGGGAGAAAAGAACGUUCGCCAUUACGUGGGCCUUGUUGAGCGUGGAGUUUGUUGUCUUUCUGACAGGAUGUGGCUUAGUGUACGUCACUUUGCCACUCUAUAGCCUCCAAGAUAUCAACAUAUGCAGUCCGAGUCUCUACAAGAUUGCCUACUGGUUGGUCACCAUCACUCUAAUCAUGCUAACCCUAGAGGCCUGCGUGGUCAUCCUGCUGGCGGUCGUGGCCUCCUACCUGGACUCAGACAUCAAGAGCCUGGUGAUGGCUGAGGCGUUGACUCCGCACUACCAAAAUAAUGUUGACUUUCUGAUAGACGAACAGCAGCAUGCGUGACAAACACAGUGGGCACUAUUGUAAACAUAUGGAUAGACUAGUUCACGCAAAUGUCAUUAAAGCGCGGUAAAGUAAAAAUAUAUCACAGAAAAGAGUAUGAGAGAAAGAAUACUUGUUAAAAAUAGACACAAGUAUAAAAAAAAUGUGUUAUUUUUCCUUUUGUUUUUGACAGAUCAGCCAAUUCUUGGGCUUAGAAGUUUGGAUGGGCGGACACGGUUGUCGAAAACGGGUUUAAUGAUUUCCCUAGAAAUUUGACAGUUGCUGUAUAUCUUUGGGAAACGAAUUACCAGCUAUUUGGUCACACUGGAAAAUUUUUCAAAUUAUAUUUAAAAAAAAAAUUAAAGUUGGCUAGAGGACUAGAAUGUCUUUAUCUUGAA